AAUCACGUUGCCCAAGAUAUUAUUGGGCCUUCGAACUUCUUGUCGGUUGACGCUUUCCGUUUUCUAGAAGGGGUAAACCGAGACUGCUUGUUGAUAUACAAAAAUGUUAAUCUGAUAAUAACAUUAACAAGGAAAUCCAGAUCAAGAUUUUACAAACAAGAAGGGCUUGAAAUCCCCUGCAAUAGCAAGAAAAGGAACGCACGCAAAUGGAGUCGCAUAAGAGCAUCGAUUCGCAACUCUGCGCUAAUGGUUGUGGUUUCUAUGGAUCCGCACAAAACAACAAUCUUUGUACAAAUUGCUUCAAAGAAUACGAAAAGGCAACCGUGGCAAAAUCAAAGGAGGAACCGUUGAAUUCAUCGUCAUCGCCGCCGCGGAGCUCUCCCCUCGCUUUUGCAAAUUCAAUGCCUCGGUUUUCUCUCUCUCUCAAUACUAAUACUACUUCCGAUUCUAAUUCUUUUUUUGGUGCUUCCUCGAACACCAAACAGUUUUCUUUUUCUGGUGAUGCAACUACUGGUGAUUCUAGUCUAACUUUCAAAACUCCGAUUUCUUCUAAAACUAGUGUUAAUAAUUUCUCUUUUGGUUCUUCAAUGUGCAUAAAGAACAGGUGCAAUAGAUGCAACAAACGGGUCGGGUUAACGGGCUUUGAGUGUAGAUGUGGGAAUUUGUUUUGUGGAAAACACCGGUACCCGGAAGAACAUAAAUGCAGCUUUGAUUUUAAGGCGUUUGGCCGCGAGGUUUUGCUCAAACAAAACCCGGCGGCCGGCUAUGCCAAUAAAUUGCAGCGUAUAAUCUAAUUUAGGAACAAGGUUAUUCGGAGUCGUGCCAGGUUUAUUGUUUUCUUUUAUUAGAUUUAUCUGCAAAUUGAUGCGAUCCGAGUUAGGAGAUUGUUCAAUACUUUUGGCUGGUCUCGUCAUCUCCUGCAAGUGCAAUUGAGUCAUUGGUGUAUUGCGUUUGUAGGACGCGAUAAGGCCGAAAGUAUUGGAUAAUUCCUCAGUAAGUGCUUUUUGCAAAAUUAAAAUUGAAAUUUACAGGUAAUAUAUUCAGAAACAUUUCUUUGGACUUUUAUGAGAAAACGAUCCUAUCGAAUCAAUUGGUAGAUAAAUACAGUAAAAGAAAAUUUCAGCAAAGUUUGGUUUCAUAAUUUUUUUUUUAAUUUUUAAAGAAAAAACGAAUAUUAAAAAUGGGGUCUUCUUGGUGUUUCUGUGGUCCGUCAGAUGUUUUCUUUGUCAUUGGAUAUACUUUGUUCUUCUUCGUGUUUGGCAUAGCACUUUUUUUUUCUGAAAAAAAAUUUAAGAGUGAAAAAUGUAGGAAAAUGCCAAACACUCAAAAACAAAGUGUGUGAACUAAUCUGUAAUUCUCACCUUUUAUUUUAGUUAUUGUCUCUCUUUUAUGGGCUUCACCGGAUUCUUUGUUUACUUUGAACAACAAAAUCAUUUGAAUAUGAAGAGAAGGAGAAGAUGCAAUAUCACUUUCCAGCAAAAGUGUAAGCUGGGAACGAUGACUAAUCUAAAGUCUUGUAGAUUGUUUUUGUUGUAAUUUCCAUUUCAGACUAAGAGGAUUUUACCUAUUGGCUAUUGUUCUUGCUUUAAACUUAGUGUUUUCAUUCCAGUUUGAUUUUUC